CCGGGAGCCCCCAGCAUCACCAAGAGCACCCAAGCUUAUCUCCACUCGGAGACUCACAGGCGAAGCAGAGUCCCAUUCGCGAGCAUGAAAGCUUCGCCAUUUCCAUUCCCAAUCUUCGCUCCGUCCUCAAAAUCCCUCCAAUUUCCUCUCCAAUUGCGUCUCCCGAAACCCUAUCCUCACACCAACACAACUUGCAAUGCAGCCUCAACCAUUCCUCCUCCGCCUCCAGAUUUCAAUUACAAAAACGAAAUUCUUGAAACGUCAAUCGCCGCAAUAGCCGAAACCCACCCGGAAUUACUCGAUUUGGCGGGAGAUGGAACCCUGGUCCUGAUCAAGAAGAGCCAGUACGGUCCGGUGCCGCACUGGCGAAGUCAGUUCGCGGAGCCGGAGGCUAUUUGGAUAAUUGGGGCUACACAUGUUUCCAGAGAUUCGGCUUCACAUGUUCGGAGGGUUAUACGCUCUGUCCGCCCUGACAAUGUCGUCGUCGAGCUUUGCCGAAGCAGAGCUGGGAUCAUGUAUGCACCUGAGAAUGGCAACCCCAACGAGAAGCUAAGAUCCAGUAUGUUCUCUCUGACCGGAACUGGUUUUUUCGGCGCUGUUGGCCGGAGCAUCAACUUGGGUGGUCAAACUGCAUUGGCGCUCCGGUUGCUCUUGGCAACUUUCUCCUCUAAGCUCUCUUCUGAUAUGAACCGUCCCUUCGGCGACGAGUUUCGUGCUGCUCGAAAAGCAUCUGAAGAAAUCGGUGCUCAGUUGGUUUUGGGCGAUCGCCCUAUAGAGAUAACUCUGGAACGGGCGUGGAGUUCGCUGACAUGGACAGAAAAGCUAAGCUUAGUCUCCUCUGUUCUUGGAGGAAUCACAUCACCGGCUGACCUCUCCACGACAGCUUUGGAACAAAAAUCUAAUGGUGGAGACGGCAGCCUUCAGCUGUACGAGCUCUUGAGCAUUUCGUAUCCAUCGUUGCUGUCUCCUCUCUUACAUGAACGUGAUACAUUUAUGGCGUGGUCACUGAAAAGGAGCAAGGCCGUGAAUGGUGGCAGGAAUGUCGUGGGGGUUAUCGGGAAGGGCCAUAUGAAUGGAGUCGUGUAUUCGCUGGUUUCGGAUCAAGGGAACCUCCGGUUCAAAGACCUGGCCGGAAAGAAGACCGGCGGCGGCUGGCUUGCAUCAUUCGGUAAAGGGUUGGUAAGAGACACGGUGGUCGGAGUUGUGCUGUGGUUGCUCUAUCAGUAUUUCCAUUCCUAUUCAGGCUAAACCCGGUCUAUUCGACCGGGUUCACUUUGUCCGGCCUAGUUCGUGUUAGGCUUUUCCGGGCCGGUCUUGUUGAACCCAGCCAGGAAAGAUACUUGGGUUGGGCCAGUCUUGAUCAGGCCCAAAUUGGUCACUCUAAAUAAGUAGUACAAUUCAAAUCGUAUUUAAUUUCAGUUUUAAUAAUAUCUCCUUUUACAGAAA